CCGAAGCGCCCGCCGCAGCAAAAGGCUUCGACGAGAGCAUAGCCCCUUCGCGCUUCUGCCCCUCCUGUCGUGAAUAGCACGGCAAGCAUGGCCGUCUGAUCAUAGCUUUUGGACAGGAGAAAGAUUGAGGAGCUGUGACUCUGCUGGUGCGGCGCAUCUCCGUCGUGUGUCCUCUGCCCUCGUCGAGGGUGCUGCCGUCGCCUCCUCGGUGUCUGCUGUCGUCCCUUCUGCUGCGGUGAGCGGUGUUAUGGAGCCGUCUGUGAGUGUGCGGUUCGCUGGCGAUGGGGAGGGCGAUACGCCGCUCGUCGUCAAGGAAGGCGUCAUACGGCAAUACAAAUACUUCACUUCGGUCCGGCACACCACACACGGCAGAGAUGACAGACACGCGACAUGCACGUCGUGUCGUCUGUGUGUGUGGGUGCAGGUGAUGGACGGCGAGUUUCAGGAGGGUCAGGAGCGUCAGGUGCGCAUCGAGAAGAUCAGCCGGUCCAUCGGUGAGGUGGUGCUGCAGCAGGAGGUGGACAUCGUCAGCUCGCUGACCAAGGACAAUCUGCUGGAUGCCAUGAUCGCUCUCGACUACCUCCAAUUCGACACCGACCAGAUCUUCACGACGGGCAGCAGCCAGAGCCUCCUGUGGCGCAUCCAUCGCAAGGUAAACAAUGGGCACGAGAGCUCCUUCGCGGAUCCACUGUUGGUGCAUCUUGUCUGCCUGUAUCAGGUUGUGUUGGACGGCUGGCUUGACGACCACCAGGUAGCCAUGUGUCUGCUCGACAGCUUCGCCCAGUACCCCUUCAUCGCCCGAUUCAUCCACUGCCAUCCCGACAUCUGCGCGGCGCUGCGUCAGUCUCUCCGCAAGAGGCCCGACGUCAUCCGUGAGCAGUGGCGGCGACGCGAGAGGGGCGAGGCCGAGGAUGACUCCGUCAAGGCAGCGGUGAGUCUGGUGGCUAGCCUAGGAGACGCCAUGUCGUAUGAUGCAAUGGACAUGUCGCAUCAAGAGCUGGCCCAGUUCAUCACGGAUGCGACGGGCUCAUCGUCACUGCCGGCCGCACAUGGUGAGGGACAAGAGGACAAGCAAGGAGAAAAACCCACCACCUGUCUGUGGUCGGUGUCUUUUCUGCAGCGGCUGUUUUCGAGUCCGACGAAUUCUCAUCUGCUUCUACGGCGGCGGUGCGGCCCUUUGCCGAUGAGCAACAGGGAGCCAUCACAUGUGUCGGCUUCGCUGUCGAUGUGGCGGGUCUUCCCCCUCCCUACACCCCGCACUCAUCCAGCAACCUGCCGGCCGACGCCAUCCGCGACGGCGAUGCGAAGCUGACAGAGGUGGCGGGCUGGUACGGCAGGUUGCAUAUCCGUCCAGUCGUUGGAAUGCGAGCGGAGGGCGAGUCGUUUGUGAAGUGCUAUUCGCCUGGCGGCUCUCUGGAGGUGGCUGGUGCUCACGGCGAUUCCGAUGCCACUCGCCCCGCGAUUCGACUGCAUGAGAGCCCGGCCCUGAUGGGCGCCCAGAUUCAAAUGGGCGGGGGGCCAUCGGCUGGCGCCUCUGUCAGUCCAUUUGGCGUGAAGCUACUGGGAGAGUCAACCUCCCUGUAUGGCAACGUCCGCAUGCUUGCUGCCGAUGCGCUGGCGCAGCAGGGGCUGGGGGAUACUCGUCUGAAAGAUGUCGUGCUGCUCAUGACACUCCGCCAGUUCCCAAUGCGUGAACUGGCCUUGCACUUCUUGCGGAUGUGCGUCAUUGAGGGCUGCUAUGAGGAGAUCUCCAAAAUGGCCAAGUAAGGGAAAACACGACACAUCCAGCACUCAAUGACUCACGUGUGAAUGAGCAGAUGUACUCACACCCGAUAAGUCGUGAAUUCUGUGUGCGCCUGGGUGGUGGUAUCGUCUUCGUAUGUGCAGGUCGAUUCGUCGUGAGCUUGCCGAGUACCUGCUCACCAACAUGGCUUUGGCGAAGCGCCAUCGCCUUCCGCUCAUGCUCUUUUGGGCGGCGGGCAUCGAGGGGCUUUCUUGCAUCAGGAGCAACAAGGUCGUGUCGACGCUGCAGUCUGGCUUCGACGUCAGCGAUGUGCCGGCCGUCCUUCCUGUGAUCCCACUCCUCCCACCAGCCAUCCAGACGGCCUUCAAGAAUGCCCUCAGGGAGGCCCUCGACGAUCAGGACGAAGACGCCUUUGACUACCUCUACAAGCAACUCAUCGACAGAGAGACCACACGCAAAAAGGUCAGUCGCACUACCCUCCCCCAGCCAACUCCGCUUAUCCUUCCGUUCCAUAUGCCUGCCUUCCUGACGGCCCCUCUGUCGUUCUGUGUCUAUGUGGCUGUUGUGCGCGCAGGAGGCGGCCGAGCGGCAGUGUCUGGAGGCCGAGAUUCAGCGGCUCCGAGAGGAAAACGCCACGGUCAAGGAACAGGUCAGUUGGAUGUUUGUUCACACAGCACACAUCAGUCGUUCAUUCCCUGGCUGUCUUUCGUUCGUUUGAGGGUUUAGGAGCGUCGCGGGACGAAGCGGCCGCGAGAUGAGAUGGAGGGCCAGCAGCAGCAGCGCCAGCAGCAAGAGGGGGAAGCUGACCAGGAGAUGAAGUCAUAGACGGGCACACACAUCCAUCCAUCCAUCCAUCGACAUAUACCAGCGGCUCAUGUGUUCGUAUGGUGCGUGUCGUGAUCGAUGAUGAGUGUCUGUCUGUUUGUAUCGUCUUGCUUGCGUGUCUGGCUGACUGAUUGCGUGGAUCGGACGGGACGGCUCGCUUGGUCGGUGUUUAUAUCCAUGUGUGCUAUGCUGCCUGGCGGAUGCCGUCAUGCCUUUUUGAGGGUAUGAAGAAAACGUGACCGACUCAGCCAGGCAGUCAGCAAAGGUCUGUAUGGUCAGCUCGCUGGUAUGAUUCCCUUCUCUAUAUCUGGUGGCCCUGAUUGUGGUGUCCCCGCCUGUCAGGUAUGCCCAAACGAUACGUUUUGGUGUCAUGUGCGGCCCUUUCGCCUUUUGUGUCACUGACUGCAGACCACUCUUUCUCUCUCUCUGUCAAUACGUACGAUGAAUCUCAGCUCUCUUGCCUGUCUGCUGGUCGUCCGGAUGCCUCUGUACAUACAUACCCCUACGUGGACGCUUGGUUCCGUGCGUGUUGGCCUGUUUCGCGUGUCUCUGCGAUUUUCUGGUGCGGUGGAUCCAUCUAUGUGUGGACAUGUGCUCGCGCUCGUGGAUGAUGCGCGGAUGUGACUGCAAUGCAAUGAACCCAGUCGAUGGCUACUACAACUUCACUUUUAAACAGUGUCACACUCAUACACAGCACAUGAAGCUGUCAGUCACAGUGCGGUCCGUCCAAUCUGUCUGUCUCUGAAGAUG